UAACGGAGAAGUGAAUGAUGAAAUGUCUGAUUUGGAAAACCAUUCUAGUGAUGAGGACGAAGAUAAUGUAGAUAUUGUGAUAAGAGCUGAUGUACAGAAUCACAGAGAUAACGAACCGUGCGAUGUUAACGAAAGAACUCCAUUAUAUGAAGGCAGCGAUAUAUCGAAGGAAGAGAGUAAGUUGCUGAUCUUAAGCUUUUUGGCACGAUAUAAUUUACCGGAUAUUGCCCUCAACAAACUUCUUGAGUUAGUUAAUUGUCAUUUACCGGCUAAUGCGCACUGGCACCUUUCUAAAUUUCAAUUGUUAAAGAAAUUUCGAUCUGAAGAUGUCAAAGUGUAUUAUUACUGUCCACAAUGCGAAAACACUAUUAUCAACUUUGGUGCUAUACACAGGAAAAAUUGUGAGGAAUGUGGAUAUAUUUGUUACGAAGCUAAGCUAAAAGAAGCUCGAAAUUACUUUCUUCAUCUUCCACUGAAGAAUCAAAUUUCUUAAUUGCUAUUAGAGAAUGAGCGUGUGUAUCAGU